GGACGAGGUUCACAUCUUGAUGGUAUCGCAGGUUUUUCUUGUCAUGCCAGCAUGCGCGCAAUAAAUAGAAAUACUUUACUUUGUUGAGGACAAGUGUGGAUCGCAAGCGCUGGAUUGCUGCUCGCCAAACAUCUGGGAAACGCCACACCUAGUUCGCUCAACUGGCUGACGCGUUUCCAAUUAUUUUGAACAAAUUUGGACCCUCGGCAUACAUAAAAGCUUUUUCUCUCACGGUAUUUGCUUCAAAGAUCUUUUCUUGAAGAUGAAGGUUAAAGUCGCUGUGUUUAUUGUCUAUUGGACGGCGUUUGGUAUCUUGAUGUCAACAUCCGUAACCCCGUCAGCCGCUCUGACCGUGGCGAGCAAGCAGGGGCACCUGUCUGAUGACGCGCAGACUUACCUGGCGCAUCUCGACGAGGAAGUGGAGAAACUCGCUAAAACGUUUGCAGAGCGAGGCUGGGUGCGGAUUCCGCGUGCGUUCGGCGGCAGUCGCCUGCCGGAAAACCACCCGCAGUUUAAGAAAGGCAGCACGAAACGUCCCGAAGACGCGGUGAAGGAGUACGUCGAAAAAGUCGUCAUUCCCUCGAAUAGGGAGGCAAUGAAUGACGAGCCGCGGCCGUACGCCGAUACAUGGCAGCAUGUUCGCGUUCCCGAGUGGGAGACACGCGACACUUUCGAAACGGAAACGAAGAACUUUGCGGAAAAAAUGGAGCGUUUGAUGCCGAAGGUGGAGAAGGAAAUUCGCGAAAAGGUAGCGAAGAAGCAUCCGGCCAUCCGCGGGUGGAAGCUCCUGUCCGAAAGAGAGCACGAGGCGAAAAGCAAAAAGAUCAUCUGGACCGAAAAAGAACUGGCGCUCUCUCCGAUCGUGCAAAAGUUUUUCGACCGUGUGCACGGACAGAGAAACGGACGGCUGCCGUUGCGGAUGGACGGUAGAGAGGCAAAAGAUGCGAACGAGGUGUCUUAUUGGGUGCUCCAGUCCGAACAAGCAAUCACGCAGGAAACAGACGACAACGGGGAGGCAGUGCCCGACCAAAGUCUUGCGUUUACCCCAAGCAACGGCGUGCAAAAGAGGUGGACGCUGCGCUAUCCCGUUGAUAAAAAUGCCCGUCGACACGAUCCGUGGAGUGAGGCGGCAAUGCGCGAAACUCAGGAAGGUGAACACUGGCACAUUGACCAGCAGACACUGGAACCGGACGAGACAGGUGAGAACGGUUGGAACUGGCAGCAGUUCCCCAAAUUGAAUGGUUGGUCGGAUAUGCACUCGCUAUCACUGGUGACAUUGCCAAUCUACCGCGAUAUCGAGACUCCGGUCGGUGGCGGCACGGGGAUCGUCGACAAGUCUCACAAGCUGCUUUGGUACCUCAUCGCGGAUCUGCGGAACCGUGUGGCCAACCGGUGGGAUGAUUACCCAGGCCGCGUGAAGUGGUGGAAAGAGACGGACCCGGACAAGAGUGCGGCCGGAAUGAAGUCAAACCAGGGUAGCAGGUGGUGGAGAUUUUUUAAGGAGGCUAUCGGCAGGGAUAACAUCAAGGUGUCAUGCCCGGCUGCGGGAGCAGCCUUGAAAUACUUCCAAGCUGGAAGGUCGAAAAAUGGCACGUCCCACUGGAGCGAGUUUUCCUGGUACACGAGGCGCCGCAACACAUGGGGCGUCAAGGCCGGGGACCUGGUGGUGAUGCACCCCAAUUUGGUUCACACGACCACGCAGAACUUUUCCAGUAAAACGCGCUUCGCCUCACGCUUCGAAACCUACUGGAAUUUGAAUGCGCUUGGGGUCAAGAAAGAGGUACGAGUACCAUAAUUGCUUCUUUGAAAACACUACGCACGGCUGAUCCGGACGAACUUUUCGUGGUCGCUCUGAUGGUAGUGCAGCUAUCUUGUUUCGCCAAAAUCAAAACAAGUAGGAACAAAAAUAACGCACAAAACGAACAAGUUUGCCGCGAGUUCUUCUGAUUCAUUCAGUGGAAGCCUUUUGAGUAUUGCAAUCGUGGUGCCAAUCGGACAUAAUCCUCAUCAUGAACAACCCUAUUCAACAAGUUUAUUGAAAUUUUACAGAAAGACAAAGAUGAUCGCUCUUGGCUAGCCGGAUCGCUGCAACCCGCGCUGAAGAGACGCGAUUUCAAACCCUUUAUGUUUGAGAUCGAUGAAUGGGACGUCAGUUGGGGGUACAAUCCCGAGGCGGCUUGCAGCGAAUGGUGGAAGAAUGCACACAAGUGGGAAGGCAAAUCCGCAGAACAUGAUUUUUGUUCCAGGUGCCGAUGGAAAAGAUUUGGCUGGUACCACUGCGCCGGAACCUGUCGAAAGUAGUACUAUCCUGAAGAAAUGGACGCGGGGGCAUAAUCUUGAGAUAGUUGCUAGCAAUAAGGAAAUGUAGAAUCGGGUUGAGGAGCACGAGGAGCAGCCGACGCUUUAUGACCGGUGUUUACUUUAUAUUUGAAUUUGCCUCUGCACCGAUUGACUUCGAGUUCGAGACGCACAGGCAGCCUCUCUAUGAUCAUGGAUGCUGCCUAAAGUGCCUGCUGAACAUCGAGGGUGACAAAAAUGGCCGCAGGAAUUAUGAUCACGGGUAGCUGCAUCACAGUUUUACCUCUCGGUGUGGAAGUUUUAUUCUGAAAGUCCGUCAGAAUGACAAUGAAUAAUGAUAUAAUGUUGCCCGUCUUGAUACAUGAUCGGGCUUGAUAGAAGAUAUGUUAAUGAAGAUUUGUGUUUCGAAUGUGAAAAGCCCAGAGAAGAUUUGGUGGCUUUCAUUUUGUAUGGUUUAGUUUACCAUCAUCAACAUUUUUAUCAUCUAUGAAUCAAUGGGAAAAUCAAUGUUUUACUUUCAUCCGAAGAAAGUUGGACUCUCUGCAAUCUUCACCACGUCGUUCUCUGAGAAGUGUUCAGGCUCUGCGACUGCAAAAAAAGGCUCCAGUAUGUAGCGUUUGAUACUAGAGAAACCGCACAGGAGGGAACCUCAACCUCCUUUAAUCUUAUAAGUUUAGAUAGGGAUAGUUGAUUCGCUGGCCCUGGCGCUGGCGGUAUUGUACGAUAUGCUUUUUGUAAAUUAAUACAAAGAAGAAAUGCCAGCGAAAGUUCGCUGAAAAGAUUUAGGUUAGAGUGCGCACAAUAAAAAGGUUUCAUAUUUCUAGUAUUUCGAAACAGCUACAUGGCGUGAC